AAGGACCGAGAAAGUUGAAAGUUUGGGCAGAGUCAUCGAAGUUGGUCGUCAUGCUUUCAGCAACGUUCCUGUUGGUGGCGACUUUGGUUGGCCAUCUUCAAGGUUUUGAAGCAUAAUAUGGCAAAGGCAGAACAAAGAUUUGAUUUGGUACAGCAUCGUCAAAUCUCUGGGCCUGAAAAUGCUCCGGAAAAUGGGCAAAAUUUUCCAUCAUUCCAAACAUGGGUUUUCUUCCUCAACAGUUAACUACACCUCCCCGCUAAAUCGACCAAAUUUGAUCGAUCUGGUCUCCAGCGGUCAACUGAAAGAAGCCCUGUUAGAAAUGGCGGUUCAAGGCCAUGAAAUGAGGUUUAAAGGCUACGACACGCUCUUAAACGAGUGCGUGAGUCGAAGGGCCAUUCGAGAAGGCCAAAGAGUCCAUGCUCACAUGAUCAAGAGCCAUUAUCACCCGCCGGUUUACCUCAGAACCAGGCUGGUUAUCUUUUAUGCCAAGUGCGAGUGUUUGGGUGAUGCCCGGAGAGUGCUCGACGAAAUGCCGGACAGGAAUGUAGUUUCUUGGACGGCGAUGAUCACGGCUUAUGCUCAAAGAGGGUAUGCGUCUGAAGCUCGGAAUCUUUUUGUGCAGAUGUUAAGAUCAGGUACAGAGCCAAAUGAGUUCACCUUUGCAACAGUGCUUACUUCUUGUACGGGUGCUCUUGGAAUUGACCAUGGAAGGCAAGUUCAUUCUCUUGUAAUCAAGAGUUGUUUUGAAUCUCACAUAUAUGUCGGAAGCUCCCUUCUUGACAUGUAUGCCAAAGCUGGUAAAAUCCACGAGGCUCAAGGGGUUUUUGAAGGCUUGCCGGAAAGGGAUGUUGUUUCGUGUACUGCUAUAAUCUCAGGUUAUGCUAAAUUGGGUCUUGAUGAAGAGGCGCUAGAAUUAUUUCGCAGGUUGCAAGGGGAAGGAAUGCCUUGCAAUUAUGUUACUUACGCCAGUGUUUUGACUGCGUUAUCUGGGCUUGCGGCACUGGAUCAUGGCAAACAAGUUCACAAUCAUGUCCUCCGCUCUCAGCUUCCAUCUUAUGUGGUUCUUCAAAAUUCUCUUAUUGAUAUGUACUCAAAAUGUGGAAGCCUCGGUUACUCAAGAAAGAUCUUUGAUAGGAUGUCUGAGAGAACUGUCAUUUCAUGGAAUGCAAUGCUUGUGGGUUACAGCAAACAUGGGAGGGGAAAAGAGGCGACUGAGCUUUUCAAACUGAUGAGAGAAGAAAAUAACGUCAAACCUGACAGCAUUACAUUUUUGGCUGUUCUAUCUGGUUGCAGCCAUGGAGGUAACGAGGAAAGAGGGCUGGAAAUUUUUGAUGAGAUGGUGAAUGGGAAAGAUGGGGUUGAACCAGAGAUUGAGCAUUAUGGGUGUGUUGUCGAUUUACUUGGGCGUUCUGGGCAGGUAGAAAGGGCAUUUGAAUUUAUCAAAAAAAUGCCUUUGGAACCAACUGCUGCCAUCUGGGGUUCGCUUUUAGGUGCUUGUAAGGUUCACUCAAAUGUCGACAUUGGGGUAUUUGUGGCUAAGAGGCUCCUAGAUAUUGAACCUGAAAAUGCUGGGAAUUAUGUUAUACUUUCCAAUCUGUAUGCUUCUUCUGGGAGAUGGGAAGAAGUAAGAAAUGUGAGGGAGUUGAUGGAUGAGAAAGCUGUGAUAAAGGAGCCAGGAAGGAGCUGGAUCAAUCUCAACCAAACCAUUCAUACCUUUCAUGCGAGCGAUCGAACCCAUCCAAGAAAGGAAGAGGUGUCUGCAAAAGUGAGAGAAUUACUAACUAAGAUUAAGGAAGCCGGUUACAUUCCUGAUUUAAGCUGUGUUUUACAUGAUGUGGAUGAUGAACAGAAGGAGAAGAUACUCCUGGGCCACAGUGAAAAACUGGCUUUAGCAUUCGGGCUGAUGGGCAUUCCCGAAGGGAAGCCAGUUCAGGUCAUGAAAAACCUCCGGAUUUGUGUUGAUUGCCAUAACUUUGCCAAGUUCGUGUCGGUGGUUUAUGGAAGAGAAGUGUCUCUGAGGGAUAAAAACCGAUUCCAUCAUAUUGUUGGAGGCAUCUGCUCAUGCGGAGACUACUGGUGAGUCCUGAAGAUGCUUUUAUGCACUGACUUCCAUUCUUCAGCACACGAAAGGUCUUCUUGCGCGCUGGACAUACAUGACUUAGUGAAGCAUGUCCUCAGGGGCGGUUUGAUUUUGUUGUCAGUUUAACAAGCUCGGCGUGAUCCCAAACAAAUCGAAAUGUGACAGCUGUCGGAGGGAUAAACUCGACUGUUGCCUGCUGGGGCUGAGUGUUUGCGACAUGGCAACAGAGUAAGUAACUGGUUUUGCUUGGAUGAAAUGGAGAAAAUCAUGAAAGUGCAAUCAAGUUUCUUCUAGUUGCUCCAUGCUUAUGAGCUUAUGCAUCCAGUUUCUUUCUUCUUGUGGCUUUAUGCUUGUGGAGAUCAUCCUCGGGCCAUUGCUAGCUGGAAUGCUGGACUUCAAAGCAAACGGAUGAGCUAGUUACAGGUAGAGAUUACAGUUUCUUGCACUCAAUAUACUAAGUCUCUUGAAUAUGGGGAGGAUAUACGAGCAGUGGCAAGGGACUGGAUGAUGCAGAUCAUCAUUCUAAUUCGCAUUUUUGGGAUGACCGGCCUUGUGCAGCCCCCACUACUCGUAUCUUUGAUUCUAGCAGAGGAGGUAAAUCACAAGUGUAAAGUUUUGCUUCACUACGCAAGACAAGGAUCGAACUCACGAUCCACUGAUGCGAAUAUGACAUAUUGCUUGCCCGAUCGCUCGAUUUAUUUAGGGGCUCUAAUUUAUAUUUUUG